AUGGCAGAACUCGAGUUUUGUCAAUGGUAUCAGAGCAUAAACCGCUGCUCUAUGAGAUUUGUCAUGGAUUCCGAUUCAUCUGAUUCUGAUUCUCCAUCUUCUAUUCCUCCUGCUUCUCUUGAUAACCCCUCAAACCCUUAUUUCUUACACCAUGGAGAAAAUCCUGGUGUUAUACUUGUUACCGAUCGUUUAAAUGGUGAUAAUUAUCAUUCUUGGUCACAGUCCAUGUCCAAAGCCAUCAAUGCAAAGAACAAGACCAGAUUUAUCACUGGAAUUCACAAAAAGCCGAAGUCUCAAGCAGAUCCACUCUAUUUGCCAUGGAUUCGGUGUAAUGACAUGGUAGUUUCGUGGAUCCUUAAUUAUGUGGCAAAGAACAUUGGAUCAAGCAUUCUAUACAUUGAUAAUGCCUCUGAUAUGUGGAAAGACUUACAAGACCGCUUCUCACAAGGUAAUCGUCCACGAAUUUUUCAAUUACGUAAGGCGAUUAGUUCAUUAAAGCAAAAUCAGAAGUCUGUGAGUGAUUAUUACACUGAAUUGAAAUCUUUUUGGGAUGAGCUAGCAAAUUAUAGGCGAUUGCCACAGUGUUCUGUUGAAACCCUAAGGUUUUUUGAAGAAAUUCAACAAGAGGAGUAUGUAAUGCAAUUUUUGAUGGACUAA